AUGGCAACCUCAGUAGUGAAAUUUCUCUUUGGAUUGUCGAUGAUGUCCAUCACAUUAUGGAUGGUCUUCAUGUUUACUUCUAGAUUGUUGGCUUGGAUUUUAAGUCGAAUUCUUAAAGCAUCAGUUAGAUUUCGUGUUGGUGGAUGGAAAUGUUUAAAGGAUAUUGUAGUCAAGUUCAAAAAGGGUUCUAUUGAAUCUAUAUCAGUUGGUGAAAUUAGACUUGGAAUACGUCAGUCCUUGAUCAAAAUUGGGGUUGGUUUCAUUUCCAAAGAUCCAAAAUUACAUGUGUUAAUAUGUGACUUGAAAGUUGUAAUGAGGACUUCUAGCAAAGGCACCCAGAAACCUAGAACUCGAAAAGCUCGAACUAGCUCUUCAGGCCAAGGAAAGUUGAUGGUCAUAGCUAAUGUAGCAAGAUUUUUGUCACUUUCCAUCACAAAUUUGUCUUUAAAGACCAGCUCUUUCUUUGUUCUUCCAAAAUCAUUACAGACACCCAAAGCUGCAGUUGAAUUUAAGGAAUUGAAAUUCGACAUAAGCAAAGAUGGUGGACAUGGAUCCCAAUCAAAUAUUUUUAUUAAGCUACAAAUAUUACCUAUUGCUAUCCACAUAGGUGAACCACGUGUCAGUUCUGAUGAAUCAUUCAACUCUGAUGGUGGGGCAUGCAAUAUUGCAAGUGACACAUCAUCUAGUAUAAUGGAAGGGCCUUUUGCUUCCUUCAACUGUGAAGAGUUUUCUUUCUCUUGUGAAUUUGGUCAUGAUAGGGAAAUUGGUCUAAUUAUCCAUAAUUUUGAUAUUAACUGUGGUGAGAUUGCUAUGAGUCUUAAUGAGAAGCUACUUUUAAAAAAGAAGACUUCAGAUACUUCUUCUCAAAGAGAUAAAGCAGCAAUCGAUCCUCCUGUUGUUAAAGAUCCACAGAGAAAACAACCACCUCUUGUUGCAAUUAUCAAGUAUACUUCCAUGAUUCCUCAAAAGGUUAGCUUCAGUUUACCAAAAUUAGAUGUAAAAUUUGUCCAUCAAGAACUUGAUCUUGUCUUCGAGAAUAACAUCACAGGCAUUCAAUUAAAGAGCAUGAAAUCACGAAGCGUCGAAGAUAGAGAAGAGAGCACUCGCCUUGAUGUUCAAAUGGAUUUCAGUGAGAUACAUAUUCUCAAAGAAGGUGGAACUUCAGUUUUGGAGAUUCUAAGAUUUGUUAUCAUCUCUUUUAUUUACAUUCCUUCAGAGCCAACUUCACCGCUUAGAACUGAAGUAGAUGUUAAGAUAGGAGGUACUCGAUGCAACAUUAAUAUUAGUAGAAUAAAGCCAUUGUUGCAACUCCAUUCCUCGAAAAAGAAAAAACUAGUACUUCGAGAGGAGGGUCCUCCUCCUGCAAAGCCACAAUCAACUGGAUCCAAAGUCAUCAUCACAUGGACAUGCACUGUGUCAGCUCCGGAGGUAACAAUUGCUCUGUACAGUAUCAGUGGAUCACCUCUAUAUCAUUUACGCUGGCAAUCAUCACAUGUUUUCGCAAAUAAUGUAUCAAGCAAGGGCAUUACAUUACAUUUGGAACUUGGUUUACUAAACUUCCUCAUGGCAGAUGAAUGUCAAGAACGAUUGAAAGAAAGCUCAGUUGUUGAAUCAAAUUCAGGUGCAAUAGUUCAUAUAGCGAAGCUUAGUUUAGAUUGGGGCAAAAAGGACGUAGAAUCAUCUGAAGAGGAUAAAGCUAGAUGUAAAUUAGUUCUCUCUGUUGAAGUGAAUGGCAUGGGCGUUCAUGUCAACUUCAAACGCAUACAGUCAUUUGUAGUAACUGCUAUUUCCUAUCAAUCUUUCCUGAAAAGUUUAUCUGGUUCUACUAAAAAAACAACGCAGAACCGAGCUGUGCGAUCAUCUAAACCAUCAGGGAAAGGGAUUCAAAUGUUGAAAUUUAAUUUGGAACGGUGUUCUAUAAAUCUUUGUGGUGAAACAAGUUUGGACGAUGCAGUUGUUGCUGAUCCAAAGCGUGUGAAUUAUGGAUCACAGGGUGGUCGAUUUGUAAUUAGUGCCGCAGAGGAUGGCACCCCACGUACUGCAACUGUGCUAGCUACAGUUCCUGAUGAUUGCAGGAAGAUAAAUUAUUCUGUUUCUCUUGAUAUUAUCCAUUUCACUUUGUGUGUGAACAAGGAGAAUCAAUCUACAGAGGUUGAACUUGAAAGAGCAAGGUCUAUUUAUCAGGAACAUUUGGAGGAAGAUAGACCUGAUGCAAGAGUAACAUUGCUUGAUCUGCAGAAUGCAAAAUUUGUACGACGUUCUGGCGGUCUUAAAGGGGUUUCUAUUUGCUCUCUAUUCAGUGCUACUGAAAUUUCAGUUGGGUGGGAGCCUGAUGCACAUUUAUCGUUGAUUCAACUUGUUCUCAAGCUGAAAUUACUGGUACACAACCAAAAGCUUCAGGAACGAGGCACUGAAAGUAUGGAAGGAGCUUCUAGCAUGAGAGAUACUGAGCUGAAGAAACCUGCUGCUCCGGAAUCAGGAAAUUCUGAUAGGUCUAAGAAAAAGGAAAGCAUUUUCGCCGUUGAUAUUGAAAUGAUAAAGAUAUCAGCUGCAGCUGGAGAUGGGGUUGAUGUAAAGGUGCAGGUUCAUUCAAUUUUUUCAGAGAAUGCCCGUAUAGGAGUACUUCUUGAAGGAGUUAUGCUCAGUUUUAAUGGCGCCAGAUUGUUGAAAAGUGGCAGAAUGCAAAUUUCUCGCAGACCUAGUCCUUCUACAAGUGUAUCUGAUGCAAAAUCGCCCGCAGCUAUCACAUGGGACUGGGUGAUUCAAGGUCUUAAUGUUCAUGUUAGCAUGCCAUUCAGGCUGGAAUUGCGUGCCAUUGAUGAUUCAGUUGAAGAUAUGAUCCGCGCCUUGAAGCUUGUAACUGCUGCUCAAACUCAACUUAUUUUUCCCAUAAAGAAAGAAAGCUCAAAGCCUAAAAAGCCGAGUUCAGCAAAAUUUGGACGUGUAAGAGUAUGUAUAAGCAAGCUAAUUGUUGAUAUCGAGGAAGAACCAUUGCAGGGUUGGCUUGAUGAGCAUUACCAGUUGAUGAAGAAUGAGGCUGAUGAGAUGGCUGUCAGGCUAAAGUUUCUCGAUGAAUUUAUUUCCAAAGUUAACAAUUCUCCUAAAAAUGCUGAAACAAAUGAUUCCACCACUGAAAGAAAGGUUAAUUAUAAUGGGGUUCAGAUUGAUGUACAAGAUCCUUCGGCUAUUCAGAAAUUGCAAGAAGAAAUGUACAAACAAUCAUUUAAAACAUACUACCAGGCGUGCCAGAAGAUAGUAACUUCUGAAGGCUCAGGUGCCUAUAGGGAGGGGUUUCAGUCUGGUUUUAAGCUCAGCACUUCAAGAACUUCUGUUCUUACCAUUUCUGCUACUGAGUUGGAUGUAACCUUGACAAAGAUCGAUGGUGGAGAAGAUGGGAUGAUAGAUGUUGUAAAAAAGCUUGAUCCUGUUGCUCGUGAACUGGAGAUACCAUUUUCUCGGCUCUAUGGCUGUAAUAUUUUAUUGCGUACUGGCACUCUUGCUGCUCAGAUAAGAGAUUACACAUUUCCUCUUUUUGCUGCUAGCGCUGGUAAAUGUGAAGGCCGUGUUGUUUUGGCACAGCAGGCAACCUUCUUUCAGCCCCAAGUUUACCAAGAUGUCUUCGUUGGGAGAUGGAGAAAGGUGCAGUUGCUCCGAUCAGCAACUGGCACAACUCCUCCAACGAAAUCGUAUCUCGAUUUGCCUUUAUCUUUUCAGAAAGGUGAAGUGUCAUUUGGAGUUGGCUAUGAACCAUCUUUUGCCGACAUAAGCUACGCUUUUACAGUUGCUCUCCGAAGGGCUAAUCUGAGCGUCAGAAAUCCUGGUCCACUAGUUCAAGUGCCAAAGAAAGAGCGUAGUUUACCAUGGUGGGAUGAUAUGAGAAAUUACGUUCAUGGAAAUGUCACCUUAAACUUUUCUGAAACUAGAUUUCAUAUUCUUGGAACACCUGAUCCUUAUGAAAAGCUUGACAAUCUUCAAAUUACGUCUGAUUCUAUGGAGAUCCAGCAAUCAGAUGGCCGUAUAUAUAUGUCUGCAAAGAACUUCAAACUUUUCCCAUGCAGUUUGACGAGUUUGGCAAAUAACCGUGGCAUGAAAAUUCCCAGUGGUGUAGAUGGUUGUUUCCUUGAAGCUCCAGUCUUUAUUAUUGAAGUUAUAAUGGACUGGGGUUGUGAUUCUCGUACUCCACUGAAUCAUUAUCUAUUCGGACUCCCAAAUGAAGGGAAAACUCGUGAAAAAGUUUUUGAUCCCUUUAGAUCAACAUCUCUCUCGCUCCGGUUUAAUUUAUCUCUAAAACCAUCAUGUGAGAAUCAAUCAUCUUCUUCUUCCACAGGUGGUAGCAUUGUUGUUGAUGGGACUGCUUUUCCAACAACAUUUAAUGUGGGUUCUCAUGAUUUGGGAUGGUUAAGUAAGUUUGGCAAAUUGAAUGUUCUUCCUCCUUACAAAUUACGUUUGUUCUCCCGUUUUCCCCGUUUUGGAUGUCCCAGAAUACCCAGAUCAGGUAAUUUAUCAAUGGACCGAGUGAUGACAGAAGUUUGCCUUCGUUUAGAUGCUACCCCUCUUCGUAUAAAACAUAUGCCGUUAGAAGAUGAAGAUCCAGCAAAAGGACUUGCUUUUAAUUUCGCCAAGUUGAAAUGUGAAAUCUGUUUCAGUCGGGGUAAGCAGGAGUUCACUUUUGAAUGCCAGAGAGAAAGUCUUGAUCUUGUUUACAUGGGUGUGGACCUUCACAUGCCUAAGGUCAUCAUAGAUAAAGAAGACUGUAUCAGUGUUGCAAAAAUAGUUCAAAUGUCAAGGAAGAAUUCCCAGCCUGAGAAACUUCCCAGUGAAAAACGAGAUAAUAUUGAGAAGCACAAAGAUGAUGGAUUCUUUUUAUCAUGUGAUUAUUUUAUAAUCAGAAAGCAGGCACCCAAAGCUGAUCCUGAAAGUUUAUUGGCAUGGCAAGAUGCUGGGAAAAAAAAUACUGAGAAGACACUUGUGAGGACUGGGACUGAAAAUGAAAAUGAGAGUACUGAUGAUCAUGCAAGCGAUGAUGAGGGAUACAAUGUGGCAGUUGCUGACAAUUGUCAGCGAGUUUUUGUUUAUGGUCUCAAGAUUUUAUGGAAUAUUGAGAAUAAGAAUGCUAUUUUCUCCUGGGUUGGUGGAUUAACCAAAGGAUUAGCGCCUCCCAAGCCUUCUCCUUCUCGACAGUAUACACAGAGGAAAUUGCUUGAGGAGUCCCAGUCACAUGCAGAAACUGAAGUGAAUCAAGACGAUGCAUCUAAACCACCUUCUACUAGUCAAGAUGCUGAUUCUCCUUCUAAAAAUGAAGAGAGUUCAGGAUCUAACCCACCUUCAUCAGAUUCAGCUAAACCAGAGAAUUCAUCUUCAGCUGUCGUUUUUCCAGCAAGAAAUGAAAGCGCAGAUGAUCCUGACGAGGAAGGGACUCGCCAUUUCAUGGUGAAUGUUAUUCAGCCACAAUUCAAUCUCCAUUCAGAAGAAGCCAACGGUAGAUUCUUGCUUGCUGCUAUCAGUGGUCGAGUUCUGGCUCGAUCAUUUCAUUCUAUCCUUCAAGUUGGACAUCAGGCGAUUGAAAAGGCACUAAGCAGUGGAGAUGUACAGAUUCCUGAAACAUUACCUGAAAUGGCAUGGAAGCGCAUGGAGUUCUCAGUGAUGUUGGAGCAAGUGCAAGCUCAUGUUGCACCAACUGAUGUUGAUCCUGGUGCUGGACUUCAAUGGCUUCCAAAAAUUAAGAAAAACUCACCUAAAGUAAUUCGCACUGGCGCUCUACUUGAAAGAGUGUUUGCUCCUUGUGAUAUGUACUUGCGAUAUACAAGACACAAAGGCGGGACUCCAGAGCUGAAGGUGAAGCCUCUAAAGGAGCUCACUUUCAAUUGUGAUAACAUAACGGCAACAAUGACAUCUCGCCAGUUUCAGGUUAUGCUGGAUGUGUUGACGAAUCUCCUCUUUGCACGGUCUCCUAAGCCUAAGAAGAGUAAUCUCGCAUUUCUGGCUGAAGACGAAGAAGAUAUCGAAGAAGAGGCAGAUGAGGUGGUGCCUGAUGGGGUGGAAGAGGUUGAACUUGCUAGAAUCGAGCUUGAAGUAAAAGAACGGGAUCAAAAAUUACUGCUUUAUGAUAUCAGGAGAUUGUCCCUUAAUGGCGAUACUUCUGGGGAAAUAAAUUCAAAAAUAGAAGGAAAAUUGUGGAUGAUCACUGGUGGAAAAUCUGAUCUGGUCCAAGGGUUGAAGGGAGAGCUUGUAAAUGCAAAAAAAUCUAAAAAGGCAGCAUCUGCAUCUUUAAGGACGACUUUGCAGAAAGCUGCCCAAAUACGUUUGAUGGAAAAGGAGAAGGAGAAGAGCAAAGGUUCAUCCUGUGCAAUGCGUAUAUCUUUGCAAGUCAGCAAAGUUGUUUGGAGCAUGCUUUUAGAUGGUAAAUCUUUUGCAGAGGCUGAGAUAAAUGACUUAAUCUUUGAUUUUGAUCGUGACUACAAGGAUGUUGGAGUUGCUUUGUUUACAACAAAAUUUGUUGUCGUUAGAAACUGUUUGCCUAAUGCCAAGUCUGAUACGAUUCUCUCAGCAUGGAAUCCUCCACCAGAAUGGGGAAAAAAAGUCAUGCUUCGGGUAGAUGCAAAGCAAGGAGCUCCAAAGAAUGGAAAUUCCAAUAUUGAACUUUUCCAGGUAGAGGUUUAUCCCCUUAAGAUUUAUUUGGCAGAGACAAUGUACAGGAUGAUGUGGGUGUAUUUCUUCCCAGAAGAACAACAAGAUUCACAAAGGCGACAGGAAGUUUGGAAAGUUUCAACAACUGCUAGUGCCAGACGUGCGAAGAAAGGUUCAGCAAUUGGUGAUGCUUCACAUGGCCAAUCAAAAGAUACUGAUGUUGCAUCCAAAAUCAUGGCUGGUUUCGGCACAAAGUUGAGAAGAACAUCGUCUUUUGACAGAACAUGGGAGGAGUCACUUGCAGAAUCUGUUGCUACUGAACUUGUCAUGCAAGCUCAUUCAUCUGGUAUUUCAUCUUCAAAAGUCGACCCAGCAAGUUUAAUUGAUCAAGCAGAUGAUUCCUCCAAAAAUAAACCAAAUACCAAGCUUGUAAAAUAUGGUUGUCCAUCUCUGGAUGAAAAGAAGCUUGGAAAGCCAAUUGAUGAUAAAAAUGCUCGGCCUAAAAAAGUCAUCGAGUUUCAUAAUAUUAAGAUAAGCCAAGUUGAACUACAAAUUACUUACGAAAGCUCAAGAUUCAAUCUGCAUGAGCUUAAGUUGUUAAUGGAUACAUUCCACCGCGUUGAGUUUACUGGGACUUGGAGGAGGCUCUUCUCACGAGUAAAGAAGCAUGUCGUUUGGGGGACCUUGAAGUCUGUGACAGGAAUGCAGGGUAAGAAAUUCAAAGAUAAAUCACAUACUCAAAAGGAAGCCAACGUACCUAGUGUCCCCGAGAUUGAGCUAAAUCUUAAUGACAAUGAUGGUCAAGCUGAACAGUAUCCAGACUGGCUUAAGCGUCCAAGUGAUGGAGCAGGUGAUGGAUUUGUAACUUCCAUAAGAGGUCUUUUCACUACUCAACGUCGUAAAGCCAAGGCAUUUGUGCUAAGAACUAUGAGGGGUGAAGCAGAAAAUGAUUUUGGAGGUGACUGGAGUGAAAGUGAUGCAGAUUUCUCUCCAUUUGCUAGGCAACUAACAGUAACAAAAACUAAGAAGCUUAUCAGACGCCACACAAAGAAAUUCUCAAGAGGACAGAACGGUUCACCCAAGCUAGAAGGGGAAUCACAUCCAUUCUCUCCAAGGGAAGGUACUCCAUUUGAACCAUAUGAUAGUGAUUCUUCUAGUGAAUCUGAGCCAUAUGAGGCACUUCAGGAGCAACUCGAACUCCAAGCGCUUAAAGGAGAAUUAUGAAGUCCUUCAGACAUGAUCCAUGUUGUCUUAUUCAGUCAAGGGACAACGUGGAAUUUGCCUCUCAUUCUCGGCCUCUACCUAUGAUAGGAAGUUUGAAAGAUUUAAAAUGUGUCACGUCAUAUUUUAAUAAGAGCACAAUGCAGCAUAUCAAAUGAGUAUGCUUUCAAAAUUCAACUACACAAACUGUGAUGAAUCAAAUCCAUGAGACACCUAGCUGCCUCUUGGGAGGGUAAUCAUUUUGGCUUCACAGUUGUGUUUAAAUUUUUGUAUCCUAUUUGGCUUAUGAGCUACAAUAAUCUUACAAAUUUCUAUGUAUUUUGAAUAAAGAAUGGAAAAUAAAGAAAUGAUGCAAUGUCAUCUUCUGAGGCCUGAAA